AUGGUGGGCAGCACAGGCAGUUUCCGGGCCACCUCACUUGGAAUGUCUCACUUUGAGGAAGGACCCAAUUGGCUCCUCCUCCUCAGAAUGAGACAGGUAGAAGAAGGAGCAGCAGAGAAGCCUCCAACUAGUCAUCUGCCUCAUCAUUGGACAGCUCACUUGCCUGGUCUUCUGUUGGUAGGUGCCAUAGGCUGCCCAUUAAAAUCUAUCUAUCUAUCUAUCUAUCUAUCUAUCUAUCUAUCUAUCUGCAAAGCACCAUUCUCAGGGAUUUCAGAAGUAAUCUACCCAGCUUCUACUCAUAUUGAUCCGGCGCCGAACUCCAGCGUAUAGUUAGCAGAGCAAAAAACUUAAAACACGUUGCAGGAUUCCCAAUAAAUAGACCAGACGCAAUUAAUAUUUCAUCCAGUAGAGCUUUACUGCUACUGAAGGCAAAUGUGCAUAAUGGUCACAAAUCCAAUACAUCCAGGAUUGGUACUGCCCAUAAGAAAUCGAGUUGCAGCAGACUUAAACUUACAAUAACUUUUAAUAAGACAAAACCUUAACACUAUAUACAGAACACCACACAAGAAGAGAGAUAGAAAGUGAAAGUGAAACCCAGGAUCCUUCUGGCCUUCCUUUUAUAGCAUGACCUUGACAGAAGAGAUAACACAACCAGUUUAAGCCAGCUGUACUCAGCUUCUCUGAAGGAAUAAGCCAAACAUCAUGAACCUUCUGCUUGUUUCUUUCACACAGAGAAGCUUCCAUAACCCUCUUGAAUUAAUUAGAAUAGGAAAGAUCUCUGCAUAUCAGAUCAAUGCUUUCUGCACUAAGAAAUGCAAACUGACACUUAAGGCAUGAUAACAUAUCUAUCUCUAAAUCACUAUAAGUGUAUCAAUAUAUAUUUAAGUGUGUGUAUAAGAGAGAGAUAGAGUUUGAGGCGGGGAAGCCAUACAGUAUGUAAGACUAUGUAGCUAAAUGUUUAGACUUCUACCUUCCUCAGGGAUACAGUUGGGAUUUCAAAUGAACACCAUUAGCCUGGAUGACAGUUUUAAGAACACUCGGGAUGGAAUAAUUCUAAGGAGUGUGUCAUACACAAUACAUUGUUGUUGUUUUUAAUUUAAGAAAAGGAAAAGGCUACAUGGGAAACAAGCAUUGUAUUCUAGAUGAAAACCAUUGUUGAUUAUUUGUGCCUUAAGAUGACUGAUUCAGAAAUCCUCUUAUAAUGGUGGAUUUGAUGGUUGCCCCAUAGAAAAAAUAUGUAUUUUAUAUCUAUUUAUUACAUUUCUUCAGGGAGCUCAAGGUGGCGUACAUAGAUCUCCUCUUUUAUCCUCACAAGAACCUUGUGAGGUAGGUUAGGCUGAGAGUGAGUGACUGGCCCAAAGUCACCCAGUGGCUGGGUGGAGAUUUGAACCCUGGCAUCCUAGGUUCCAGUAUGACACUAACCACUACACCAUGCUAGCCCUUUAGCAAGAUUCCCAUUCAUGGCUUGGAAUGAAGGGCUGAAUGUUUAAUUAAACAUUGCAACUUGCCUUAUACCAUAUCACACCAUUGGUCCAUCUACCAACUUUCCCAUUGCUCAUCUUUAUGCAGAAAAGUUUCUACGAUACCUCCAGUCCAGAAAGGGUGAGGGCCAUCAGAAUUAAAAUGCUUUGUAACAGGUUGCACAACUUUCUUGGUCCAGGUUACUGAUCUAUUUAUUUUGAUGUCUUUAGCGUUUUUCAAUGUCAUCACCAUUUUUCGUCUACAAUGGGAUCUUAUUCCCCACAGCGCUGUCCUCAGCAGAAUCGCUCACCUAUCUGGAAAAAGAAUUUCGCUUCUUGGAUGACGAUCUACUGAGUGUCUCUUACCCCAAGUCAGGUAGGAAAGACAGUGUGUGGAAUGAGAGCUGCAGAACAUAAACAGGGAAAGGUCAUUUGAAUUGGCAUUGGCAAAUCAUUUAUCUUGUUUAUUUAUUAAAUGCCCAUCCUGCUCUUCCUCCCAUAGGAGCCCAGGGCAGCAAACACUAAAAUGUUAAAGCAAUAAUAUUAAAAUAAUAAGAUUUUUUUCAAAAAAAUCAAUACACAUGAAAACACCAGACAAUUCAAAAACAUUUAAAACAGUCACAUCCCCUCACCACUAAUAAUUUCAUGUUGCCAGGAGGUUUGCUUUGGUUGUCAAAGUAGUUGUAAGGUGUGCAUUGCAGAACCAAAAGGGCUGUGGGAGAAGAGGUAGCCCUAUGAUUGCUAUACUCCCUCCUAGGUAGCCAUUGGAUGGCAGAGAUCUUGUCAGCGAUCCAGCAAGAAUGGGACCCCUCGUGGGUUUGCAGUGAGAAAAUAACCUGGAUCGAGACUUUUGAUGGCAUGAAGACUGCCUUGAAAUAUCCUCCACCCAGAAUCUUGGCUUCUCACCUUCCAAUAAACCUUUUCCCUAAGACCUUUCUCGAGUCCAAGGCCAAGGUAAGAGGGGAACAAUUCACACGCAAAAGCCUGAUCAUGUCUGUCUGCAGUAAAGAUACUGGGAAUUCCGUACUGUCAAUACAGUAUUUACAGGAAGGUGCCACGAGAGUUGUUUGUAGUAGUAGCAGCAGUAAUAGUACAAGCUUAGAGAUCACUAUAGGAAAGACUCUUUAACCAUCAUCUUAAUUCCAGAAUGGUAUGAAUAGGUAAUGUUCAGUCCAUGACCUCAGCAGAGGACUGCUGUGGCCCCAGUUUGCUAGGCUGCCCCCAAAGCUCUCGCUGUAGCUGGGAGUUGCAAUGAAACGUCUCACUUUCAAAAUUAGGCAAAAUGUCAGAGUUCAAACUGUGUUUUCAGCUUUCGCUUCUGAGGGCCAGACUAGCUGAUGUGAUGAUUUGGCAAGUAGGAAGCCAUGCAGGUGGGUCCUGAAGCCAUAUCUGUAUGGUGAGGCAGAGACUAACUUUUUCAAUCCACUGGCAAUGUUCACGUCUCUUUCCUUAAUGGAGGGGAUCUUCACGGGGAAAUGAAUUCAAGAAAAUGAUUUUUUUUAAAAAACCCCACACCAGUCCCAUUUCCUCUGCCCCAUAAGGGAGCACCAGACACCUGCUCUUGAAUAAAUCUCAAAGAGACAAGAUAUCACAGGUUUCUACUAUUUACACAUGCGGGUGGCACUGUGGGUUAAACCACAGAGCCUAGGACUUGCUGAUCAGAAGGUUGGCAGUUUGAAUCCCUGUGAUGGGGUGAGCUCCCGUUGCUCAGUCCCUGCUCCUGCCAACCUAGCAGUUCGAAAGCACGUCAAAGUGCAAGUAGAUAAAUAGGUACCGCUCUGGCGGGAAGGUAAAUGGCGUUUCCGUGCACUGCUCUGGUUCGCCACAAGCGGCUUAGUCAUGCUGGCCACAUGACCCAGAAGCUCCCUUGGCCAAUAAGGUGAGAUGAGUGCUGCAACCCCAGAGUCAGCCACGACUGGACCUAAUGUUCAGGGGUCCUUUUACCUUUACCUUUAAGGUUCAGGAAAACUUUUUAAGGACCUGUAAAAGUUAGCCCUUUUUGAAAUUUAAUUCUUUUUUAAUUUUUCUCACCUGCAUCCCCAAAAGGUCCCUAAAAUUGAAGGGACAACGUGUGAAUUAUGAGACUAUAAAUUCAGGGAAGGUUGCAAAGAAAAUUGAAGCAAGAAAAUUCCCCUUCAUUUUGCUUCCAGCUUUUCUCAGGGUCAAACUUCCUAUUAUAGUAAUUGCAUAGCUAAUAGCUUGUUCUUGCUCUUUGGGGGAGGGGGUGAUUUUCAUUGGAACCAUAGUAUAUAGAAAGGCGAUGUUUAACCUUUCCCUUCCUGGCUGUGAUCCUGGUGAAAACUGCCCCUCCUCUAUGGACUCAAGGCAAAUCACCCAACACCUGCUGUUAUUUUUUAAACCCCAGACAUAGUUGCUAAGUGCAGGAUUAAAGCAAUUUUCAGAGCUACCUACAUCUCAAAAUCCUAAAUCCUCAGAGAGACAAAACUCUAAAAUAUAGGUGCUCUGAGGUAAAAUCAAAUAUGAUCUGGGAUUAGGGGUGGGAGAGAAAUUUGAUUCAGUGUGCAUUGAAAGGCAAAUCUACUGACAGUGAUCCUUCUAAAUUUGUACCUCCCAGUUAUUUUCAAUGCAGUCCUCCCACCAGGUAAUUUGUACAAAGAUGAACAUAAAAAUGCAUAUUAUUAUGGGCCACCCCAGUCUCUGCCAAGUGGUGCACAGGAUUUCAGGGGUCUUGGCACUUCACCAGGGUUGUGUUUUCUUUGGAAAUGUAGCACAAUGGAGGCUGUGCUCCAUUUCCAUAUUUCUUAAAGAUAUUCGUCUCUGCUGUGCCUCGAUUUCCCGAUUGAAGCAACCCUGCUAGAGAGCCUGGAACCCUCUGGGAUCCUGCCACUGCUCAGCAGACUGGGGUGGCAUGCAACCUUUGUAACAAUAUGACUAUUUGAUUUGAUUUGUUUCCAUGUCGCUUUUCAUUCAAGUGAAUCUCAAAGCGGCUUACAAACAAUAAAUAACUAUCACAUAAUAAAACUACAAUAAAUAGCUAAUUUCCUGACACCCAACUUGGCCGCCACAUUCUACCCAACGUUAGAGCUUGUCCUGCUGCUCCUUCCUUAAAAUGUGCCCGCUGCCUCUCUUCCAGGUUAUUUACACCCUACGAAACCCCAAGGAUGUGCUGGUAUUGUUCCACCACUGCCAUAAAAAAUGGAAGGAUCCUGGAAGUCUGGAUGAGUUCUUGGAGGAGUUCUUAGAUGGGAACGGUAUGGAAAGAGGCAAAUCGGCUCACCCAGGGCCGUCUUUAGCAUAUGCAUGGCUGGGGUGCAAAGAUCCGCCCAGCGCCCCCAAAUUUAGUUAAUUUCGCAUGCAUGGCGCCAUUGAGAAUGGCAAGCGCCCUCGUUGAGUCUGAAAAGCGCCACCGUGGUGAAUGACAAGCACCGCUGCUGACUUGGCGCUUCUUUGGUAAAUGAGCGCACAAAGUCAAAAGUCCUUUAGUGAAACAGCAGGUAUACAUUUUGGUAAUACCUGAGCUCCCGUUGCUCGGUCCCUGCUCCUGCCAACCUAGCAGUUCGAAAGCACGGCAAAGUGCAAGUAGAUAAAUAGGUACCGCUCCGGCGGGAAGGUAAACGGCGUUUCCAUGCGCUGCUCUGGUUCGCCAGAAGCGGCUUAGUCAUGCUGGCCACAUGACCCGGAAGCUGUACGCCGGCUUCCUUGGCCAAUAAAGCGAGAUGGGCGCCGCAACCCCAGAGUUGGUCAUGACUGGACCUAAUGGUCAGGGGUCCCCUUUACCUUUACAGUGGUACCUCGCAAGACGAAUGCCUCGCAAGACAAAAAAACUCGCUAGACGAAAGGGUUUUUGGUUUUUUGACCUGCUUCGCAAGACGAUUUUCCCUAUGGGCUUGCUUUGCCAGACGGAAACGUCUUGCAAGUUUGUUUCCUUUUUCUUAACACUGUUAAUACAGUUGCGACUUGACUUUGAGGAGCAACUCAUAGAACGCGGUGUGGUAGCCUUUUUUGAGGUUUUUAAAGACUUUGGUAAUUUUUGAAGCUUUUCCAAAACCUUCCCGACACCGUGCUUCGCAAGACAAAAAAAAUCGCAAGACGACAAAACUCGUGGAAUGAAUUAAUUUCGUCUUGCGAGGCACCACUGUACUAGGUAUAUAUGUAUUUUGUUUUUCUAGCUUGAUCAGAAUUAUUUAUUAUUUCAUAACAGCUAGAUAGUUAAGAGCUUAGGUGGCUUCAGCAGCGGGUGCAUGGCGCCCCGCAGAAUUCGGCGCCUGGGUGCCCUGCACCUCUUGCACCCCCAGGUAAAGACAGCCCUGGGAUCAUCCCCCUCUGUUGCAGCCCAAAGGUCUGCUCCAUGGCACCAUGAAGUCUCUCUUUUUAACCAUCACUAGAGACCUAUCGUAGAACUGUAAUUCCAGCAGGGAUAAAUCAGAAGGAAGGUGGGAGGUGCCAUGUUAGUUAAACUCAUUUCCUUUUAAAAUUAAUAACGUCCUUAAGUAGUGAAUGGCCUGAAUGUGUGGGGCGGGGAUAUAGUGGGGUCUCAAAUUCAGUGUUUUGGGGCAAUAGUAUAAGGAAUGUGACACUGGAGUUGUUACUGGACUACAAAUGCCAUCAUUCCUGACCACAGGCUAUACUUGCUGAGUGCCAGGGACUGGGCAGAGGAGGAAUGGUGGAGACCGCCUCCACAUCCUGACCCUUCCAGGGAGGAGGAAGAGGAAGACAGUCUAGAUUUACAACAGGGGUUUGAGGGAGGUAGCUGCUCAGAGGAAGAUGAGGGGUAAAGCUCGAAAAUCAUGGGAUAGCCAGGACAACACCCGGCUGACACGUUGCCAUUAGAAAGCACCCCAGACCUUCCAUCUCACGGAACCCGGUGAGCCUUGAAAGUAGGAGAGCAAAGAGCUCAAAGACAGAGGGCACAUAGCAGCACCCGUAGAAGUGGCGAAUGAGGAAGUGGGAGGGACGGAGGGUGGAGAUUCACUUGGAACAACGCCAUUAUCCAAGAGGCUGGGUUCUAUAGUCCCUCUCUAUAAAGAUUGAAAUGAAAAAGGACAGUAAGAAACUUUUCCUUGUCUGUAUACUUUCCUGGGCAACCAGCUGGAAGCCGCUGACAGCACCCUGACACUGGGGCUGAUGGGAGGUGUGGUCCAAAAGAAGUGGUAAAGUUGCUGUCUCACCCGAAACUCUGUGCCAUUAUAUAGUCUAGUAACUAAUUGGCAGUAUCUGGAUAGGAUUCAGGAGUCUCCUGCUGCUAUUGUGCUUUUGUUUGAGAAAAGCAUUAGAUGUUCCUUGCUACCUUCUUGGUUAGUCUGUUCUCCCCUAGUCUUCCUUGACACACCUCCCUACUGUUGAUGCUUACUGGUGCCUCCGUUUUCCUCUUCCAGUGUCCCAUGGCUCCUGGUUUGACCACGUGAAAGGCUGGCUGCAGAUGAAGAAAAGGGAAAACUUCCUUUUCAUCACGGUUGAAGAGUUAAAACAGGUGUGGUCCAACCUUAGCACUUGUCCUGGAGUUGUCCACACUUCAGCUUGUCCCAUAGCUAGGAAGCAUGGGUCCAGCCCGUUUUCUGCUUGUAACUCAUACUUUCUAGGCAUGAGUCCAAGCCGUUUUGUAUUUGCCCCAUUGCUUUCCCCUGGAAAACCUGCUCUUUAGCGCCAAGUCUGAGCAAACGUCCAUCUGGAGAAAAACCUGAUUGAUGUUUGCUCCAAGUCAGCUAUAAACAGCGGGUUUUCCUGGGGGAAAGUGGCAGAAAAGCGGAAGUGUAAAUGAGCCCAUUGUUAUAUUCACACAUCCAUAGUUACCUCACCUUGUUUAUUGCUUAUCUAUUUCAUAAAAUUUAUAUAGCACUUGAUUAAAAAAAAAACCCUCAAAGAAGUUUAGAAAAGGUUUUCACCAUUUUCGUUUUUGUAAAUUCUGGUACUGUUUGCUAGAUACAUUUAAACAUGUGCAGUAUUCCUUUCUGCCUCUCUACAUGAUUAAUAAUAAUAAUAAUAAUAAUAACAAUAAUAAAUGUAUUUAUACCCCACCCUCCCCAGCCAAGACCGGGCUCAGGGUGGUAAAUAAACCUAAUAGGAAAGUCACUUAAUGGAAAAGAGCUUUAUAUCAUGUGCAGAGUGCCCUUCCUUUGUCCCACAUCAGACCAGGAAUGCCACCAGAUUAGCUAUUUUGUAUUUAUUUCAAUAUCUCCUUUUACUUGUAUUUUCUUCAACUUCUUACUUCAAAAAAAGACUUUUUCUUUUAGGUGUCUGUGCACAGGGAAACAAAUACUUGCAUGCCCACAACAUUUUAGGUGUCUGUGCACAGGGAAACAAAUACUUGCAUGCCCACAACAUUUGGAACCUCACACAAAUUUAAUAUUUUGUGCAAAUCUGAUAGUUUAAAAAACUUGUAUUCCUCCCCCCCCCGAUUUUUUUUUUAAAGUGUGCACACAGAUAAACAAAUAGCCUAUAAUGGACCUCAGUUUUCCAGAACUUGUGAAGGACAAGGAUAUACUAAUUGAGAAGGAGUGUGGAGACACACAGCAUGAAAACAUUCCAUCAAGCAUCACCCACUAGUAUAGACAGGAAGCAACAGGACGGAUUUUGGAGGCAUAAAAUCAAAACGGGAUGAAGGCAAACAAAUUUGCACAUGGACUCAGUGACCUAAUGCGGACACAACCAAGGUCUGCUGCUGUCUCAGAUGCUCCUUCGGUGCUGAGCAGGCCAAGAGGCAGUCUGAGACAAAAAGAAAGGCAAUUUUUUGAGAACAGGAUUCUGCUCUGGCUUCCUCACCAUGGUGGCUGAGAGGUCAAUACACCCAUGGCAUCAGUAUUGUUAAAUGCACCCUACAAACUAGCAGUAAUGCCCUCUGUGUGCCUCUUCAUCAGUUUCACAGUCAUUUGCUUUCCCCUUCUGCAGGACCUUCGAGGGAGUGUGGAGAAGAUCUGCCAGUUCCUUGGCAAGGAGCUGAACAGCCAGCAAAUUGACUCUGUGGCGGAAAACCCCUCCUUCCAGAAAGUGAAGAAUGAGACUAUGCCCAUCUCAUCUCGGAAGCGAGGAAGUGUUUCGAUGCACAUUAAACAGCCGCUUGUGUUGACAGGUAACAAUAUAGCUUAUGGUGGAGUCCAUAGAUAAAGGCUAUUAGGCAAAGGGGGCGGGGCGGGUGGAGAGUCUUUCCCUGUGAACUGCCAUUGACCAAUGGAUAAAGUUAAUCAGGAACUGAAGCCAGUGCUGAAAUAAUUCUGGCUGAACAUCUUUGUGGUUACGAGUCCCUCUUGUGGUCUUUCAGGGCUACCCGGGGAUUGGAAGAACCACGUCACAGUGGCACAGAACGAACGCUUUGACCGUUUUUAUCCAUCUCACAUUAAAGGUGUGGGUGUGAGUUUCCCCUGGGACUGAAGAAGAACAAAUGGUUGCUCUUGCUUGCUUUUUUGCAUCCCCACACCCUUUUAUCUCUCAUAUGAUGCAUGUCCCUCCUACCAAACCACCAGACGGUAUCGCUGCCGAAUUAUUAUUUCUUCAGAUGCGAUCAGAAGAGGCUGGUCAGUGAAUGGUAUGGUUGUAUUGUAUUUUGUAUUUUCAAAUAUGGUAUGCAAGAGGUAGGGAACCUGUGUGGCCAUCCAGAUGUUGAACUGCAAGCCCAUCACCCCCAACCAUUGGCAAUGAUGGCUGGAGCUGAUGGGAGCUGGAAUCUAUUACCAUCUGGAGGGCUACAGGUUCCCCAUCCCUGCUGUAUGCUGUUUGUUUUUAUUCUGUAAUAAAAUUGUAUUGUAUCUUAUUGUAUCCAUAAUUGUGUUGAUGCGCAGCUAAAUGCAUUCAAUUACCCAUACCAAUACAACAUAUGGUAAUGCUGUCAGCUUGAUGUUAUGGAUUUCAAAGUUAUUUCCCAAACUGGCAGUCUCUCUCUCUCUCUCCCCCCCCCCCCAUUACAGAGUCUGUUCUGGCUGCAUUUUCCUUGUGAUUGAAGCAAUAUCCUCUCAUGCCAAAGAAACUCCUCCAGGGGGUGGGAGUUUCCUGGUAGUGAGUGAUUCAAUCAUUAGGGUUUGGAAUGGGUGUGUGGACUUCAUGGUGACUUACCUGCCAGGUCAAAAGUUGAGAAUGUGACACAUCAUCUAGAUAGCUUGGUUGUUAAUGAUGGGGAAGUGUCAGUGGUUCAAUAACCUGUGGAAGUGUAGAGGCGAAGUUCUGGAAGUGACAUUUCAGGUGUUAGGUAGAGGCUUGAAAACCAGAAUCUUCAAAGUUGCUUUCUCAGAACUGCUACCAGAUCCACAUGCAAGGCCAAUAAGACAUGAAACGUUGAGGACUCUCAAUGCAUUGAUGAGAUGAUGGGUGUCAGUAGGAGGAGUUUGAUUUGUUAGGCAUGGGGGAAUUUGGGGUGUGUGUGUGACAAACUGGUUCUCUACAAAAAAGUGUCAGGCUCCAGGUCAACCAAAUGUUGGUGUUUAAAAUCAGAACACACUGAGAGGGAUGCAGAGGAGGUCAGGGAAACUGCUGGCCAGUUAGCUUAACAUCUGUUCUGGAAAAAGUGGUGGAGAACAUUAUUAAAUAUGAAAUUGUGAAGCAUCUAGGAAAGGAGGCAAGCUGAAGGAGAACCAGCAUGGCUUCUGUGAAAGUAAUUCCUGUUUAAUCAACAUUUAGAGUUCAUAGAGGAGGUCCAUAACUAUGUUCAUAGAGAGGGUCCAUAACUAUAUAGGGGUGAUCUAGUACAGAGUGUGUAUUUAGACUUUCAAAAAGCCUUUGGUACAGUCCCACACCAAAAAAGCACCAGAGUAAGCUUAGCAGUUAUUAGAUAAGAGACAUAUUAUUUCAUGGAUCUGUAACUGGUUAAGAACAGGAAACAGUUCUCACAAUGGAUGGAUGUAAGAAGGGGUGUCUCCAAGGGUCUGUAUUGGUGCCAGUGUUUUUAAUUUGUUCAUAAUAGAGUUGCGAGUGACAGUGAAGUGGUCAAGCGAUGAAACUAAAAUAUUCAGUAUUUCAAAGGAAAGAAGGGAUCCAAAGAGGUCCAAAACAAUUGUUCCAAACUGGGUGAAUGGGCCUUAAAAUGGAAAAUAUUGUUCUAUGUAAGUGUAUGUACAUUGAAGCAAGAAAUCCUAACUUCAUAUAGUGGAUCGCUCAAUGAAGAUAUUGACCCAGUGUACAGAAGCUGUGAAAAAAGGUGAAAUUCAUGUUAGGAAAGAGAUUGAAAAUAAAACUGCCAAUAGUCUGAUGCUAGUCUACGGUGUGAUCACAUACUUUGAAUACUGUGUUUUGGUAUUGUUGCUGCACCUCGAAAAGGAUAUAGUGUAGAUCUGGAAAAGGUGCAGAAAAAUGCAAACAAAAUGGUCAAGGGGCUGGAGCAGCUCCUCUGUGAGGAAAGGUUGCUGCAGUGGGGACUUUUCAGGUUAGGAAAAAAGCAAGUAAGGGGAGACAUGAUAGGGAACAAUAAAAUUAUGCACAGGGUAGAGAAAGUGGAGAAAGAAAAAUGUUUUUCCCUCGUGCAUAAACCUAAGAACCUGCAGUCUUCCAAGGAAGCUAAGGGCUCAUCCAGAUUUCUGCUUCUUAUAUUCUUUUGCUGUGGCUGAUGGAGAAUAAGUAAGUAAACAUUCCUACUAGGGUUCCUUGCAAUGUGUGGAUGAAUGCAUGCGAGACAAAUUUCCUACACAGAAGAAACUUAUGGGUAAGUUGGCCACUUAACUCAUCGCCAAAAAAGUUGAAAUGCACCAGCUGCUCGUUCCACGUGCUCACAGUUGAUAGGCAACAUCAAGACCCCUACUCUUGUUUUUUCAGUAAUUGACCUUUAAACCAGACUUGGAUAGUCCUUCAAAGAGAGGAUUCCUUGAAUAGAACUGACUUCUGUAAAGAAACAACCCCUGCUUCUAUGUAGGCUAUGCUGCAUGUGUCUUGGGUUUCAUCACAUCUGCACAGUGUUGCAACUCAAAGAGUAUGUAGAUAACAACCAUACUAUCACAGGAACAUUAGUGGUUGCUUUCUUCUGAUAUUUUUCGGACCUAUACCGAGCCAGACCAGGAGAUAAAAUAGAAAUUGAAAGAAAUAUAAGAGAAAAUAAGUUGCCAGAAAUUCCAUAUGAAAAGUUGAAUAUUUUAAAUGCACCAAUUAAUAUAGCAGAAAUGCCAUUAAACAAGCAAAAACAGGAAAAGCAACAGGCCCAGAUGGACUAACAGCAAAAUACUACCAAAAAAAAUAGAAAAUUACUUAAUUCACCCACUACAAAAUGUAAUGAACGAAAUAUUAAAGAUAGGGGAAAUACCAAAGACUUGGAAAGAGGCUUCUAUUACUCUAAUUCCACAAGACAAAAGAUAAUAAGUGCUGGAAGUGUAAAGAAGUAGAAGGUAUGUGUCAAGGCUGCCUCAAGUCUCAGCUCACAAAAGACCAACGCCUAUGUCUUCUUAUAUACAAAAGUGUUUAUUGCAGUUCAUUGUUUGCUUGACAUCCUAGGCGCGCAGCCUUACGUCUGCUACGCUUAGACCGCUGAAGUCCCCUCUGAAUCCGCCCCUCCCCUACACCAAUUUAAGAGGCUUACGCUGCUCCACCUCUUUCUCUCCUUCCUUUCCGCAGGGUCCUUCUGCCCGCUGGGGUUUCGCUCCUCCUGGAUUCCUCUGACGCAGAAUCAGACUGCUCUUCCCCCCUCCUGCGGGCUUUGGGACCUGGCCCCUCCUCCGGGCUCCCUGUACUUCCGCGCGCCUCUACAUUUGAACUUGGCGCGCGGGCCAAACCUCUAACUUUCCUUUUGACAGUUAUACUACUCCCUUCACUGCUCCCCUCCCCUCCGGGAGGGCGGCUUGCUCUGACCUCCCUCCUUUCUCUGCUGCCGGAGCUGCUUCCCUGACACACUGGAAACUCCACCCCUUCGCUGCACUCUGGUGGGGAGGCUGGUCCUGACGCCCAGCUGCCACUUUGGGAUCCUCCGCUGGCCCCCUGCUCCUGACACGUCCCCCUGGGGCUCCCCUGGCCUUGACCACCGGCGCCCCCUUCUGGGAAUCCUCUGAUUCGCUGGAAAGACUCAUGGAAUCUCUUGAGUCAUUGUCAUCCUCUUCCUCGCUGGCUUGGAAUUCAUCCCCAUCGCUCUCCAUCUCCUGCCUACCCUGUGCCUCUCUCCCUGAACCCCUGACAGUAUGUUUUACCAUAUGUGGUGGCAAUGUAAGGUUAUAAAAAGUUUUUGGGAAAUGAUUUAUAAUGAAUUGAAAAAAAAGUUUAAAAUAACAUUUCUUAAAAAGCCAGAAGCUUUCUUAAUAGGUAUAACUGGAAUGGAUAUACCAAAAGAAUACAAAAUUUGUUUAUGUAUGCAACAACAGCCACCCGGAUAUUCAUAGCUCAACAUUGGAAAGAAGUCCCAACUAACGAUGACUGGCAACUUAAAUAAACGGAAUAUGCUGAAAUGGCUAAAUUACCUGGAAGACUAAGAAAUCAAGAAGACAACAAAUAUAAAAAAAGAAUGGAAAAUGUUUAUUGCAUAUUUACAAAAGCGUUGUAAGGAAGCUAAUGGAGUGGUUGUGGGCGGGAGCCCGAGCACCGCCCCUAGCAGGGGGCGGUUGCCCCCUGCCUCCACCUCACCUGGCUGGCGCCCACGCCCCCUCUGCAGGCAUCCAACCAGGUGCCUCGGAGGGGGCGUGUUCAGCAGCCUUAUGCUGCGGUGCCAGCCUCUCCCUGGCCUCAUUCUUCGCCGUCGUCUCGUCGCGAGUCACCCACCCUCCACUCCCUUAGAGUUAGGGCUUAGGUCAUUGGCCUUGCUAUGGACCUUAGGUUGGUCACCCUGGUUGUCCAGGGGGCCUGGUAGGAGUUUUUCCAUUUGGCAUUAGGCUUUUUGGUUUUUCGCCUACCUCGUAGCAAUCGUCACAACUUUUGUGGUAUUGGUGGGUAGGUUAGGCAUUGGUAUAAUGUGUUGUGGUGUGUCGAAGGGCUAGGUGUGGCCAUCGCCUAUGCCUUCAAUUUUGGGUAUUCCGUUAAAGGAAUCUGGUGGUCGUGUGUUCUGUCCGAUGCCUGCUUGGCGGGAGGCCAUGGCACGACCCUCGGUGACAUCAGGGGGGAGCCUAUAGUUGGAUUAGCAUCAACAGGCUCCACCUACUGGUGAAUAAACCCACGUGUUUUAGAGAUCCAAUGCCUAAGCCAAUACCUUUUCACUGCUGUAAUCAAUAAAGUUGUGGCCUUUCCAUGCCCAUUAACCUUAUAUCACGUGUCCUUGUGUAUUCAUUUCACAUCGCGGGGGUCGGGUCCUCGAACCACAAUAUGGAUUUAAUAUGGUGUGAAAAUGUUUUAUUUUCUAUUUCUAUUUUAAUUGUUUUUGUUAGUUAUGGUUUAUAUGAUGAUGAUAAUGUUUAAAUGUGAAAAUUAAUUAAUUUUUUUUAAAUAAAAUAACAACAACAAGAAUGGUCCAUCAGCCUCUCCAGGGUUUCAGACAGGAAUCUUUAACUGCCCUCCCUGCAGAUUGAAACGGGGACCUUCUGCAUGUAAGGCAUGUAAGGCACUGAGCUAUGGUCCUUCCCAAUGGAUAAGCCCAUGAAUUCACAAGGAUUGUUUCUACAACAUUAUACUUCCAUGAAAAUGCAAAACAGCCUAACAGGCUGCACUGAAAACAUAAAACAAAAGACACAUUGAGAAAAACACUACUAUGUGUCAAUCGACAUGAACACUCUUUUCUUCUGGAGGUUUUAGAUACCAGGCUGGGUUUGGGGUGAGACAUUUUGAUAAAAUUAAAUACUUAGUAAUGCUGUCCAAUCUAUGUUGUAUUGCCCUUGUAGCACUGAAACGUCUGGUGAGGACCGGAUGAGCUGUUGUGAUGGCUGCCAAUAAUUCAGUAGGCAUCUAUUGCAAUCUUCAAAUUAAUACAUUUGACAGCUCCCUAAGGUACAUCAUGUACCCGGCAGAAGCAUCAUCUUGCUCUCUUAGCAAAAAUUCCAUGUUGCUUAAGGAUCGUAGAGCCAGCUAUCUUCCCAAAGUGUCAGCAAGAUCUUCCAGCACAGAAUCACUACAUAACCCCCCAAACCCCUCCUUUCACAUGAAUUUGGUGACAACAAAGCGCCUUUCUGUUGCGUCGGUGCAAACCUGCAGGCAUAAAAAUCCACUCCUGCUUUUUGGUCGCAGCUCCUUUCUAGAUACAGCAGUAUUCUAUUCCUCACACCCUUGAACCCAGAAGAGGUAAUUUCUGACCCCUGUUAUUUCUUACAGUAGUCAAGGCGCAUUAUUAUUAUUAUUAUUAUUAUUAUUAUUAUUAUUAUCUCUUUGGCAUUAUGAAUGGGUUAUUAAUAAUGCUGCCACAUACCCCAAUUUUGUGCCUUCAUUUUUAUUUUUAUUUUUUUAAAUCCUAACCCAAAAGAAAGCUUUUAUUUGGGUCGGCAUUCUUUGAAUAUACCAGCAGGUUCAAAUUAUAACCCCAAGGACGUCAGCUAAAGGACUUGGUAUCUAUAUGAGCUGUUCAAGCUCAGGAAGUGGUGGGUGAUUUUUCACCUGAGAUUCUUAAGUAGCUACUGAAUGGCCACCUCUAUUCUAGGCUAUAGUAGUGCUGUUAAAGGGGGUUACCUUUGUGGUCCCCUUCAGCUCUGCGGUUCUGUUAUUUUAACCGCCUGCUCUACUCAAGAUCUGUGGUACAGGUGCAACUCCAAUAUCCCUGGACUGAUGGCCACCCAGCUUCUGCAUAAAUGUCUGCAACACAGGACAACCCGCCAUCUUCUGAGACAGCCUGUUCCACGGUUGGACAGCUCAUGCCAUUAGCAAGUUUCUCUUAAUGGUUAAAGGGAAUCUCCCUUCCUGCAAUUUCCACCGAUUGGAUAUACCUGUUAGGAGUCCAGGCUCCCGGCUUGAUAACACAGUAAAUGUAUGUAAUUAAAAAGGAGAACUUAUUGCAAAAACAAGCAGUUAGCUCCGGAUUGCUCUAGCCAAGCAUCCGGAUGUUAGGAUAUCCCGUUCCACCUUAAGUACAGGCAUGACUAUUGUGUGUCACAUGCCUGUUUACACUCCAGCACAGCUUGCUGAGAAUUUCCGUUUGUGUAUAGCUUUCACUUUUAGCGUCUUGCUUGGGACACAAAGGAGAUUGGACAUGUUUUUCUUUUGUCCUGCUGUACGCUGAAUAAACUGCUUGUAAAUAUGCUCACACAGCCGUCUCCUGCCACUUCUGUUGCGUAGCAUUUGCUCUGCUGAGUAGCAUGCUCUAGCUUCUGAAGCUUGAGUCGCUGAUGCUGCACCAAGGACUGGAGAUUGCCUGGCACACCGGCCGGUGGGCUGGAGCCAGCUGGGGGCCUGCCAAUUGCCCCCGAUUCCUUGGCUGCAUCCCAACACUGGCAUCAUCCCUAAGUUGACCCUUCUGAUGAGUUCUUCCUGCGUUGACAGAAGAUACUGAACCUGUUACCCUUACGUCUCUUGUUUUGUUUCCUGUCUGGCAGCCGUCCUAUUCAUCUACGUCUCAGGCUCCUUGGGUCAUUUGCAGCCCCUUCCUGUGACGAAAGACUGUCUCUCUCGCUUUUCGUGCCUGUCUGUGCUUCCUGAGAGCUUUGGCUGUGUUCCAGCCUGCUCUCAGCUACUGCCUUAUCAGUCUGCUGCUCAAGGCCAGGAGCAUGCAACGCCUGCAGCUGAUGACUCUCCUCUGCCUUAGUAAAAUCCAAGCCUCUCUGUUCUUGGUUGCUUUUUGCAGCCGGCUGCAAACCUUCGCUUGGAGCUGGCAUAUUUAUGACAUUACCCGUGCAACAGUGGUCCAGCCUGCUUCUAAUCUUCUGAAAGGCAGAUCUUUAGCAUUUCAAAAAAUGCAAUUUAAACAAAUCAAUGUCUAAUAUAAAUGGGCUUCCAGUCCCUUCUGCACAACUGUAUCCCUACAUUCUUCUGUGUCUCAUGUAGUCAUUGUUACUGCUGCUGAAGAACCACAUCCUAUUACCAGACAAUUUAUUGUAUUUUUUUAAAAAAUGUAUUAUGUUUCCUUUUACUUUUGAGCUCCCUAGAAAAUGUUGCUGAUGUGUGGCUUUUAAUUUCAACAACAUAGCUCAGGAGAGGUAAGGUUGUCAGAGUGGUGCUGUGGAUUAUAAACAUUUCUUUCCAAGACUGUCUUCAUUACUCUUGCGAAGUCCCUACUCUCACUGCUUCUUGCUAUUUAGUGUCUACAGAGAGUAAGUAAGCAUUCCUACUAGAGUGCCUUGCAAACUAUUCCACACAUUUCCUUCAUGAAAGCCAGCUUGAAUAGGGUGCAUUGCAGACCCUCCAAGUGUCCCUAUUUUCCUGGGACAGCCCCGAAUUUACAGAAGCUGCCCCAGUUUCUGAUUUGAUCCUGGAAUGUCCCACUUUUCCUUAGGAUGUCCUUAUUUCCAUCGGAGAAAUGUUGGAAGGUAUGGAGUUAUCUGACCUCCGAGUUAUCUGAAGGUAGGCAUGUAUGGGGAAGGGCUUUUUUUUAAUGUUUAAUGUUUUAGUAUGGUUUUUCAUAUGUUGGAAGCCAUCCAGAGUGGCUGGGGCAACCCAGUCAGAUGGAUGGAGUAUAAUAAUAAUAAUAAUAAUAAUAAUAAUAAUACAUCUCUAUUUUCAUCAGAGAAAUGUUAGCGGAUAUGGGUUCCGCCCAGUACUGACCCAAGAGAGUUUGGUACCAAAUAAACCUUUUAAAGGGUGAACCAGGGCAAGUGCCCCCCCCAAGUUAUUUGAUGAUGUGCUGACCUGGAUCCUAAUCCAAAAAACAACUCCUACUUUUCACACUUGAGGCCUGGCUGCCUUCCAAGGUGGUAUCUGGAAUGAUAAAAGCUGGAAUGAGUAGUCCUGGGGAAUGGAUCUCAAAAAACAGAGAUUGUCAUUUUCAGACAAUUGCAGCCACCUGGAACUUGCAGUGCUGUGCAACAAUAUAGAGCUCUACUCUCUUCUUACAACUGAAUCCAGGCAGGUGCCAACAGAUGGCUCUCCAAGGGCUUAGGGCUGUCCUGCCCCACCCAAGUCCUAUUCUCUGCUAAUAGUUACACAGGGAUCAGUGCACCAGCAAAUGAAUCAGCUCCGAGCAGAUUCACUGAGCCGUAGAGAUGCACAUGGGAUGGGCAAACAACUUUAAAAUGUGAGUGCAUUGCAAGACCUCAACAGCAGGACCUUUGGCGGUCAGGAAGGAGAUCAGCGUUUGGACCAGACUCUGGCUCUCAUCUUCUGAGAAACACUGGCGAAAAGCAGAACAUGAAUGGACACAGAUGAGUCCUUACCGUGCCAGUGACCUCUAGGUCAAAAUCUGACUUGAGGGGUUCUUAUUUCAUCUGAAAGUGGGAUUCACAGAAGCAAGGCAACCCCUUGAUAACAAGCUUUUAGUUUCCCAAACUCUCUCUGGUACCCUCUAACAUUUCUCUGGUGAAAAUAGGGACGUCCUAUUCCACCCCCUCUGUAAUAUUUCUCAGGUGAGGGAGCCUGUUGUUGGGGCACCUGGUUGUGCCUCCUCAAAAAAAUGCACGCAGGGCCACGCCCCCAGCCCCCCACGCUACGCCACUGUACCAGAGAGAGGUUGACAAGGGAAGUGGACAGCAGCAAGAGGGAGACUCUUUAAAAUGUCUAUGUUAAAUGAGGAAUGUGGUGUCAAAAAUCUGUCAGUUUGGUUUCUUUUUGCAUUUUGUUAAUCUUAAAAAUUCAGUUCACUUCAUAAAUGUAUGUAUUUAGGGGAUUUUUUUUUUAAAGGUAUCAUGAUCCAUACAUUUCCAUGAGACAGAUGGAUGCCAACCAACUUCCCAGUGUGCCCACUUUCCCAUGCAAUUUCACCUAGUGCAUAUACUCUUGCCAGCACAUUUUCCAUAAUAGAAUGCAUUUUUCACACAUGCACUUUUCAUGAAGGUCUUAUCCACACAUCCUCUUGCCUUGCCGCUUUCCCUCAGGGAAAACCGUUCUUUAGUGCUCCAUCUGAGCAAACGGUAAUCGAGUUUUCCGUGGACUGCAGUUCAUCCUGAUUUAAAGCUAAAGAGUGGGUUUUCCCUCAAAAAGGAGUGAGUCAGUUGGAAAACUGCUUGGACCUGUGCUUUCUAGGCAUGGGGCAAACUGAAGUAUGGAUGAGCCCUAAUACAAACCUUUUCGUAUGCCUUAUUUGGUUAUGCUGCAAAAGAGAAGUGCAAAUUUUGCACUAAAACGUGAACUGAAUGAUUUUUUUCCCUAAUUCCUAAAAAAGGGACUUCAUUUUCCAUCUCAUAUUGAAUUACCAGUUAUUCUGUCCAUGGUUUCCUGUUCCUCUAUGUUUCUUAGCCAGAUAUUUGGUCUGUGGUCCCUUUAAGACAGAGCUUUCCAAAGUGUGUGUCCUGACAUGUUAGUGUGUAGGUCAUACUAAGUUGACAGAACUUACAGAUUUGAAAAUAAGGGACCAGCAGCCUUGAAAAUAAGGGACCAGCAGCCAAAAUAAGGGAUUUUAGUCAACCAGUUAAAAGGGACCAGAUAAUUUUGGAGAGCAGAGCCGGUUUUUAGCCCUUUGUUUCCAGAGGUUGCUGCUCAAGACACCAGCCGAUGAAACACUGCACUUAAAGAACUACAAGCAGCAACCACUUUUCGUGCAAAACAAAGUCCAAGCUACAAAGAUGCUGCUGUAGUUCUGUAUCUUUUCUCUCGUGCUCCAUCUGCAGCUCUCAAUUCCAUCAGGUGGGGCAGGAGGAGGGGGGGGGAAAUAGCGCCCAAAGUAAACCCGCAGAUCAGACCAUCUAUGCUAGUCUACCACUACAAAUCUAUGGGAGAAGCGCUUGCGGUCCUUCCCUUGUAGCCCUUGGAACACCUGCCCGCGCCUCCUCCUCCUCCUCCUCCUCCUCCUCUCUCUGAACUGCUUUCUCUAUGGUUGCCCUCUCUCUCCUCUCAAGGCUCCUCAUCAAUUCAUAGACCAUGCCAGGCUGUCCAUCUCAUCCGGGUCCUUCGGCGGCGCAGCCGCAGUACGGCCUAACAGGAGCGGGAGCGCCGGUGAUGGGCAGACGGGAGGCCCCAGGCAGAGACGCUCAGUUCGGCAGCAGUGAGGAGGAUGGUGGCGGAAGGGCCCGAGGCUCCCACCAGUCCCAGCGGGGAGGGGCUCCCGGGGGCCGAGUCUGGUGAAAGGAGGCCGAAGGGGGGCGUGCUGGGCAGCCAAGCAACACAGUUGGAGCCUCCCUCCUCCCUGGCCGGCAGGAAGGGAGGGAGAGGAGCUGCUUCCUUUGAAAGCCAGGAAAUUUAAGGGACAUCCAUCAAUAAGGGACAGCAGUGGGACAUGGUGCUGGGAUAAGGGACUGUCCCUCCAAAUAAGGGACGCUUGACAGCUAUGGUGUAGGUGUGUCACGUGAACGCUCCCCGUGCUUCUCCUGGGUCUGGAAAGGGGUUAGUUUAACCUCUUGUUUGCUAGCAAAAAUGAAUUACUGUGUUGCAAAAUGAUGCGUCUCUAAAAAGUGUGUCACCAACAUGAAAAGUUUGGAAAGCUCUGCUUUAAGAGAUACAGCUGCUUCCUGGGGAUUUACAAGGCUGGGCAACUGAGAGUUAGUGCAUUUACCCUGUUACUUGUUCCGUGUUGUUGUGGAUGCUCACUGCUGAGACAGAGGACAAUACAGCCGUUAAAAGGGAAAGCAUUACACCAAUUCCCAGGGGUGUGGCAAGAUCCUGUUCCCCAAUCCAGAUCUCCUUUUGCAAACAUUUGGGAGUUCAAGCCAAGUGGGAUGAUCAUGGCACAGAGUCCACACUUUGUGUGAUUACCUAAUCCUUGUUGAUCUUCUCUCAGUAAAGGAGCAAACAAGAGGAUCAAGGCCUAAUCCACAUCCGCCUUGCCCUCUCAGCAAUGAUUGGUUUCCUGCUUUCUUAAUUGGGACUGCUAGAUUGGGGCCCUUAGAUCUCCUUGUCAGAAGAACACAGGGUGGAGGACAGCUAAUACAGUGGUACCUCGGGUUAAGUACUUAAUUCGUUCCGGAGGUCUGUUCUUAACCUGAAACCGUUCUUAACCUGAAGCACCACUUUAGCUAAUGGGGCCUCCUGCUGCUGCUGUGCCGCCGAAGCACGAUUUCUGUUCUCAUCCUGAAGCAAAGUUCUUAACCUGAAGCACCAUUUCUGGGUUAGCAGAGUCUGUAACCUGAAGCAUAUGUAACCUGAAGUAUAUGUAACCCGAGGUACCACUGUACUGAUUUUUAUAGAGUUGGGAUAAAGCACCCUGAAGUGAGGUCUUGAGGAAGGAGCUUCUUUCAAACCACACAGUCAGGCUGGAUGUUUUAGGACAGAGCCGUCAAUUGGUAGCUUUUCAGAUUUUGGUGGACUCCAAUUCCCAUCAGUCUCUGCUAGCAUGGCCAGUGGCUGGAGAUGAUGGGAGUUGUAGCUCAGCAACAUCUGGAGGGCCACAGGUCCCCUACAUCUGCAUUAGAAGAUACAUCAGCCUAUGGAACAUGGUCACCUUAGUCUAUAGUACAGCUUCGCUUGUGCCCUGACAUCAUGGCAACUGUGUUUCUUGGCCCCCACCAGUACUGAAUUUAGGGGUGUGGGGGCAGAUUUCCCCCCCACACACAGGGUGCCGAGCCGAGGGGGUGCAAAAUUGAGAAGAUCUACAACUGAGAAGAUACAUUUGGGGGCUGUGUGUUUUCCUAUACAUCACAAUGUUUCAAUAGCUUUAAAAGAUGAGGCUGUUCAAAAUUUUGCUUGCAGAUAACUGAAGAUGUGGUUUAUGGUUAAAGCACAGCUCUGGAUAUAUUUUUUAAUAGUUACAAACUUGAUUUAAGGUAUUUUUGUUCUUGUUGUUUUAAAUCCUAUAUUGUUCUUUUUUAAGAAAAGCAAAUAUACCUCACAUUACUUCACAGGCCGUGUUCUAGACAGAAAGCGUGGCCAGUCUGAAGGUUCAAAAAUUGGAAAAAAAAUAUGAAGACAAAAAUUCACACACUCGGCUACCUCUUAAUUAUAUUUAAGGCAAGAAAGAGCAAGAAACCCCCAUGGUGCCCCUUGUUUGGACUUAUGGAGGAAAGUGAAUCUCUUUUAUUUACAAAAACAUUCCGAACCCAUUCCACUGCAAUUUGGCAAGCUUGAUCCACUCUGAAGGGACUCAUAAAUGUCACUCACUUUGUCAAAAGGGGAGAAGAGUUACAGCUGUUUUUAGAUUUCCCAUUAUAGUGAAAGGGGAACCACGGAGCUUCAUUUGAUACAACUCAGAACCCAAAUUUAAGACCGAAGCGGGAAGAGUGUCUGAAAACAGAUCAGUAAUUUUAAAAUCACAAACUCAGCUACAAGACAAAUCUUGGGGCCUGCGCACACCCCUAAAACAUACACAAUGGAUUAAGAGUGGAUUUAAAGCUUCUAUCUUGCCAUUGAGUUAGGAAUCCCUCUGGGGCAUCAGGCCAGGUCAGAGGGAAGGGAAGAGCAGCUGGGAGGCAGGUCAAUUUUUACAGGGGAACUUGGGUGUGGAAAUAUUGCAGGGCUGUAUAUAUAAAACCAGAAGAGACUCCUUAAGGAUAUCUGAGCCUGGGCGACAACAGACGUGGAGGAAGAAAGGAGCAGAAAGGUAAGUGAGGUAGGGGCUAAAGGCAAGUGGAAAUUUCUGCAUCCUCAAGAUAUCAGGAGCAUGAAGACAGACAGGUAUUUUUACAUAUGCACACACAUAAUACAGCCAAGCUAGACAUGAAAUUGAAUGCAAUUAAGUUGCAUGCUUUUGUUACAUGAAGAGCAGCAUGGGAGAGCCUUAGCAACAUCUGGGACUGCAAUGGAUGGAGACGGAGGGAUGGGGGGAGAGAGGGGGCGCGCAAAAGGCUUUACUCCUUUCCUCCCCCUGCCAUGAUACCAACAAAAAGCACCCUUCCCUCAUUGCUGUUUGCAUUGAGACAGAAGCCUUCCUGGGCCAUUUCCAGGUUAUCAGCACAUCUUAAAUAGCUUAGUGAAUGGCAUGUCCCAAAACCAGGAUGUGUGUCACACAAAAGUCACAUGACCCACGUGAGAUCACAGUGCCCAGAAUGGCCACCAUGCUCUUGUGCAAAAAACCAGGAUGUUCCACGCCCCCCCCCCGGACACUUGCAGGGGAUAGCAUGUUGAUAUUGGAUUGCAGAGAUUUGGGUUCAAAUGCUGGCUCAGCGAUGAGGUUUAAGGGGAAGGGGCAAGUUGUAAUUAUGAGGACAGACAAUAGUGAGUACAGUGCAUUAUCUGGCUUACCCAUACCUGCCACUGUCAACAUAUAUGCUGGCCCCAUAACUCAACAUUUACAUGUGAGGUAGCCAUGUGUAGCGUCUAUACAUGCAAAACUGUGAACAUGCCUAGGGAUUCUCAGCAUGAGGGAGAGACCCAACUUUUCCCGUUCAUGUGCAAGUGAGGCAUCCACAAUUUGGAGCUCUUUGACUGUUGGCGUCAAGCAGGUGCCUUCACUGUACUCUUUUCGGUGUCUGCUAAAGCAUUUUUGUCCUGGAUUUUAAUUAUUUUUGGAUGGUUUAAAUACGUGUUUUCACUUUCUUUUCAUUGGGUUUUUUUUUAGUAAAUCACUUUGAGGUUUUAUUACAAUCAAGGCAUAUAUAAAUGUUGUGAAAUAAAUUGUCCAGUGUGCAUCAAUCAGAACAUGCACAAAAACUGCCCGGUUAUGCCAUUGAAGCAGGACUUGGGGGGCAGGGGUCUAUUCCCCACCCAGCAAUCAGAAUGAGCAGGAAGAUCUCCAAGCACAGCAGAGCUGGCUUACUACAUUUUGAAGGCAGUGAAAUGAUAAACGUUGUCAUCUUAAGAGGGCGAUGCCUGUAAGACCAUAAAGUCCAGAGUCUAAAAUGACCAAAUCACCACAGAGGCUCCUAAAUGAGGCUGAUGGGGAGAGGGGUAGGUGGGAUGGGCAGUGAGCACAUCUUUGGUGGGGUGGCACAACACUGUGACCCCCUCACCUGUGCUUCCAAUGGAACACCCACCCACCUUCCAAUAUAGUGGUACCUCGGUUUACAAACUCAAUCCAUUCCUGAAGUCCGUUUCUUAAACUGAAACCAUUCCUAAACUGAGGCCCGCUUUCCCUAAUGAGGUGUUCCACUGCUGGUGCCCUUCCACCAUUCAGUUUCCUUUUGUAGACCAAGGUAAAGUUUGCAAAUCAGAACAUUACUUCUGGUUUUGCGGAGUUUGUAAACUGAAUCAUUCGUAAACAGGACUGUUCUUAAACCAAGGUACCACUAUAUAUUGGGCUACCUCAUUUCACAUACGACACCUUGUGCACUUUUGAUAGUUGUUGGGAGGUUUGCAAUGCAAGAGUUAAGUGCCGCUCAGGACCUCCUGAUGAUACCUUCCAUUUUCCUAAGGUGGAAAUGCUUGAAAACACACCAAACUUCCCAAUUCUAUUGCUUUGAUUUCUGAAAAGGCUUCCCCCCCCCCGCCCUCCCGCCACAUCCUUUGCUUCAGAAUUCAAACUCUAUGGUAAAUUGUUGGGAUAUGCAAAGUGCUUAGAUAGUAAAAUAAAUAAAUAAAUAAAUAGAAUUGUGCAUCAGCUAUCAGACAGAGGCAAAUAUCAGAUUCUGAAAUCAAACCUCUUUAGUUGAACAUCAAAUGCUGAAACAAAAUAUUGCAGGGUGUCAAAUCCAGAUAUCCACAUCAAGUAACUUUGGCAAAUAUGUAAAACACUUAGGCUGUAAUCCUGUCCACUUACCUAGUGUUUACACCCAAGUAAACAAACCACAGAGCCUAGGACUUGCCGAUCAGAAGGAACAGCGGUUCGAAUUCCCGUGACGGGGUGAGCUCCCGUUGCUUGGUCCCUGCUCCUGCCAACCUAGCAGUUCGAAAGCACGUCAAAGUGCAAGUAGAUAAAUAGGCACCGCUCUGGCGGGAAGGUAAACGGCGUUUCUGUGCGCUGCUCUGGUUCGCCAGAAGCGGCUUAGUCAUGCUGGCCACAUGACCCGGAAGCUGUCUGCGGACAAACGCUGGCUCCCUUGGUCAAUAAAGCGAGAUGAGCGCCACAACCCCAGAGUCGGUCACGACUGGACCUAACGGUCAGGGGUCCCUUUACCUUUAAACAUGCCUAGAGUUGCAUGGUCAGAGAUUGUCUGGAGAAUAUUCCACAUCAAGUGACGAAAAUACAGAGGAGCACUAGAUUUUUCCUGUUCCAACCAUUGGCCAGUUUCACAUAGGCAAUGGGGAAGAGUGGAACUGACAGGCAGGUCUCAGACCCAAAAAGUGUGAUCCAUUGUUAGGAGUUCUUAAUGCAGGAAGGGGGAACCUGUGACGGUCCAGCUGUUUGCAGACUACAACUCCCCUUAUCCCUGACCAUUGGCCAUAUUGGUUGGAGCUGAUGGGAAAAGGAGUCCAAAAACACUUGAAGGACCACAGGUCCCCCACCUCUGCUUUAAUGGGAUGUGGGUGAGUGGGGGUGGUGGGACAUACACACAACUGGAAAAAGCAUCUUUCCCUCCUGCAUUCAUGUCUUAAUUCAAUUUUAUAUGCCUUCUCUUUUCUCCUCAAUUCCUGGGAUGUUGCUUGUCAUAUGCUGCUGCUUGGGAAGGAGACGCCAAUAUGAAGACUUCCUUUGCCCUCCUGCUACUUCUGCUAGGUAAGUUGAACCGAGGCAGCAAUCUGAGUCUCACCAGAAGCUGGUAUAUGGAGAAAGAGGCAUAAACAUGCCCCCCCAAAAAGUGAAAAGUGCAGAGAAGUGGAGAAGGCCCACCACAAAUUGGGGAGCUGCUGCAAAGCCUUGCUAAGUUGAUGGAUAGAUGUGGUGAGAUCCCCCAGGGGAAUCCACAGACCCAGAAAGCUUCCUAGAUCCCAGAAGAGAGAGCACUCUUCUCCUGAAGACUCACCAUUGUCUUUCCUUUCUCUGUUAUAGGUUCAGCUUCGACUUUUUGGUUCCAUGAAACAAAAGUAACAAUAAAAGAAACAAAAGAAACAAAAGAAACCAACGGUAAAGUCUGACCCUCAUGGGGUGUCGGUGGAGCUUUCUCCAAAGAAAUAGUAUUUCUAGAAACCUGAGUUAUUUAGCACUGAUUUAGAUAAUGAUGGGCUGACUGAAGUCUUCUACAUAUCCUCCAGUAUUUCUCCAAUGAAAAUAGGGACAUUCUAUUCCAUAACAACCAUCAUCUAUUAUUUAUACCCUGCUCAUCCAACUGGGUUUCCCCAGCCCCUCUGAGCAGCUUCCAACAUAUGUAAAAAACAUAACAAAACAUUUUAAAAAAAACUUUCCCCAUAUAGGGCUGCCUUCAGAUGUUUUCUAAAGGUGGUAUAGUCACUUUUCUCCUUGCCUAAGGGCAUACCUCCAUACCCUUUAACAUUUCUCUGAUGAAAAUAGGGACGUCCUAAGGAAAGGUGGGGCAUUCUGGGAUCAAAUCAGAAACUGGGAAGGCUUCUGUAAAUCUGGGGCUGUCUGUGGAAAAUAGGGACAAUUGGAAGGUCUGCAUAAAACAACUACUGAGACCAAGAUGGAGGUUCACCUAGCAAAAACUUUUAAGCAGAGUAUUUAGGGCGUCACUAUUGUGCAAAUCUUCCUUCCAGAAUCUGGUAGCUGUGAGAACAUAGAGAACAAUUUCCUUCCUUUUGAGGAUGCUCUGUUAUGCCACACAACAGCACCCCUCCCCGAUUUUCAUAGGUUUGUGUCAGGUUUGAGGCAUCAAAGUGUUCUCCCUCCUUUCUGUCCAGAGCACCUCCUGUAUCCCUAUGGGGAAGCUGCAGGAGAUAUGAAGAACCCCAUAGCAGAUGACGGGACGUCCCCUAAGAUUCCCAUUUUGGUACCUUUCACCUUCUACGACAAGACUUACCACAGUGUUUAUGUACGUAUAAUCCCUUUUGGCACAAAGCAAAAAUGAAUCACAGGAAAGGGGAAUGUGACCACUCUCCCACUUCAACCUCAAGUGUUCUGCUCUCAGGAUGCCCAUUACCCUACAAACUUCCAUCUUCUUGUAGCCGGAAGAACAGAUAGCCAAUACUGUGACUAGAGGCUUAUUAUCUUUUGCCCCGCUCUUUCCAGGCAGAAACCAAUGCUUUGAAGUUCUGUGUCAGAGCACUUAAAGGGUGGGUUUUCACAGGGAAAACUCUGGAGCAAAAAUAAAUAGAGUGCUUAGAGCUUUAAAGCACGGAGGAAAGGUUAGCGUAGAUAAGCCCUAGCUGUCAGGGAAUGCUAAAACGAUACACAGGGGUGUCGUCUUCUUUGGCAAUCACUCAUAGCCGAGCUAGAUUGUCUUCCAUAAACACAGUUUUAACAGUGAGUCCGUAAGUGACUGUGGAGGCCAAUCCUGGAUCCACAUGUCCUUCCACAGUGGGGACAUAGGUUUCUGGGCGGGAGUUGCUCAUGGUGAGGGUUUGCCAAGUGUGUCUUCCUCUUAGCACUUUUCUUCCUUUCAUCCUGAGUUUGAGCGUCUCCAAAGCCCAUGACACCUUUGGUAAAGGCUGUUCUCCAACUGGAGCACUUGCAGGCCAGUGUUUCCCAGUUGUCUGUGUUUAUACUACAUUUUUUAAGUUUUGCCUUGAGACAGUCUUUGAACCUCUUUUGUUGACCACCAGCAUUACGCUUUCCAUUUUUAAGUUCGGAAUAGAGUACAGUGGUACCUCGGGUUACAUACGCUUCACGUUACAUACGCUUCAGGUUACAGACUCCGCUAACCCAAAAAUAGUACCUCAGGGUAAGAACUUUGCUUCAGGAUGAGAACAGAAAUCGUGCUCCGGCGGCGGGGAGGCAGCAGGAGGCCCCAUUAGCUAAAGUGGUGCUUCAGGUUAAGAACAGUUUCAGGUUAAGAACGGACCUCCAGAACGAAUUAAGUGCUUAACCCGAGGUACCACUGCAGUUGCUUUGGAAGAUGAUAAUCAGGCAUCCGCACAACAUGACCACUCCAACAAAGUUGAUGUUGAAGAAUCAUUGCUUUGACAGGGGUGUACCUAGGGGUUGGCAAGGCUGCCCCUGCCAAGGGCUGCAGGCCCAGGGUGUGUGUGCAAAAAUGAGCCUCUUCACUCUGACUAGGAGACCACUUGCCUGGCCAUCUCUCAGGCCACUCCUCCACUGCUCUGGGUGACCAACAUCUCCUUACCAAGGGUUCAAGGAAACCUAGGUAUGCCCCUGCUGGUAGACAGAGUUCCCAUGGACAAGGGAUCUUCCCUGAGGUCUUUUGACAAAGGGCAGGCUAUAAAUAGUGUGCCUGUACAAAUAGAUAAAUGACGCAGGACGAUGCCAAUCACUGACGGAGGUUCUCAGAAAGAUGGGGGGGAUGGGGGCUGAAAACCACCUGCUAGGCAAUGAACAUCAAUUCAUGCAUAGGGACUCUCUGUGAUCCAAAUGCCUAGGCAAGGGGCAACAAUGCAGGGAGGCUCACCUAGCACCUUCAUCACAUAUCUUUUGAUGCCAGGCAAAAACGUUCCUCUUCUCCCAGGUCUUUGGCUAAUUGAUCUAUGGCCUUUUAAACUACGUAUGUGGGGGUUAUUGCUUUUGUUUGUUACUAUGGCAUGUAUUUUUGUGUUUUUAUAUUGUAAACUGCUCUGUGAUCCUCAGAUGAAGGAGGAGGAUGAUGGUGGUGGUGGUGAUGAUGAUGAUAAUAAUGCAUGAACCAGCUGCUGAAUAGGGACUCUGGUUCAGAUAUGUGCAUUCAGAAUGUCAUCAGCAGUGCAGCUAGCCUAAGCACGUGACCCAAGGGGUAGGACCAGCAGCACAGUCUCACUUCCCAGUCAUGGUAUCGACCCCCUUUGCCUGUUACACUGUGCUGCUCCCAGAGUCUAGGAGCCAAUACCCGGAGGAUUCAGAUCAGAAACUGAAAAUUCUUAGCAGUGAGAAGGAAAUAGCCCUUGGGAUGGUUUGCUUGGGGGCACUUUAGCCUUUUGCUGUUUCUGCUUACGUUGCUGCUCUCUGCCCCUUCACAGGUCAACAACAAUGGGGUGGUUUCCUUUUCUGUGCCCGUCCCAGAGUACACCCCCAAAGCCAUCCCCAUGGUAAACGGAAAGGCCUUUGUUGCCCCUUACUGGGCGGAUGCCAACAUUAUUCUAGGUGGCCACGUCUAUUACCGGCAGACGCAGAAACCAGAACUGCUGAGAAAUGUCACCCGGGACAUUAAUAACUACUUCCCUGAAAUCAGUUUCACAGCCACCUGGCUCUUCAUUGCCACUUGGGACCGUGUAGCCUAUUUCGGAUCUUUGUCCAGGAAGGUAAGUCAUUCCACAUACAAAUAAGAGCCUAAUUUGCUUGGGCAUCUUCCUUCCAGUUGGGCCUUCUCUGGGGCAACAUGGGCCUCUGCUCUGAUACAGGCAUUGGAGGUCUCCGUACUAGAUUACCACAUAGCAGUGUUUCCCAAAUUUGGGUCUCUAGCUGAGUCAGACCAAUGGUCCAUCGACAGUAGUUGAGUGUUAUUAUAGAUUGGGGAGGGGGGGACCUCCUAAACCAUAGGAAUUAAUAAAUGGUAGGAUUUUCAUUAAUUGGGAUGUGGAUGAAAGAACAAGAUGCAGAGCUGUGUCAGGGAUCCCUGGGCUUGCUUAUGCUAACCAGUUUGGCUGGCCUAGUGAAGAGCAAAUCUGUUAACAUGACAAAAGGUGUUGAUGGAUCAUCCAAGAGGAAUCCUUUGGCCUGGGGAGGCAGAUGGUGCCAGGGUAAGUGGGUGUGAGGUGACAGGUAAAGGGAGUCUUUUAGCAAGGUGUUCUGGGAAGAAGAAGAGGGGAGAAGAAAGACUGGGAUCCAUCAGCUGAAGGCUGGCUGGGAGAGAUGCCUUGGACUCCAGGGCUGCACUACUGUGCCAGCCUUAUCUGGAGUGCUUGUUUCAAGCAUAACCACCAAUUUUUACUUGCAUACUCACUUUUCAGAGUCACUGGAAAUCAGAGUCACUAAAAGUAUAGCACACAAAAUACCUACAGCUAUCCAUCGGCCUUCCCCAACAUGAUGCCCAUUCCCAUCCACCUAUUAUGGUGGGGGAUGAAAGAAGCUGGGGUGCAAAAUUAAGAGCUGAGUAGGCCGUUUAGGGUUAACAUAUACCAGAAAUAGGAACCAUUUCCCCAGGAAGCUACCCUUGAAAUUAAGGUGCAAAGCAACCCUAAUUUCUAUAGAUAUUUUGCCCAUCAUAAGCAACUCCCAACUUUGUCAAAACAUGACCCCUUUCUUAAAUGCAGCUGUAGCACCAAGAAGCCAAAUCCACAUGGAAGAGCAUAGCCAGCCAGCAACUACAGCAAAGAGGAAAAGACAUAGGCCAAGGAAAUUGUGAUGAAAUUCAUUGUGUGUCUUCUUGACCUCACUCUUUCUGCUUGUCUUUGCUCCAGGUAAACACCUUCCAGGCUAUCUUAUGUACUGAUGGCCAUGUUUCCUUUAUGAUGCUCAACUAUGCAGACAUCCAAUGGACUACAGGGGCAGCAAGUCAGGGAAAUCCCAGAACGGGUUUAGGAGGAAUCCCAGCACAGGUAGGCUCAUGCUGUGAGCCGAGAAUUUGGUUCCAGGAGGUUUUCUCAGAAGAGCUGCUCAGAGUCCCUUAUGGUGCCAGAGUGAAUGACAUGCUUUUCCUUUCAAAUCUGGGAACACAGCUAGCUGCCUUAUUUUGUUGGUCUGGUCUACAAUGGUCUCCUCUAACAGGCAGCGGCUGACACUGAGUCAGGCUAUUAGCCCAUUGAACCCACUGUCGUCUGCUCUGACUAGCAGUGGUCCUCCAGGGUUCCAGCCUUACCUGAAGAUGCUGGCGAUUGAACCUGGGACUAUCUGUUGCAAAGCUCUACCACUGAGCUGCAGCCCUGCCCAGGCUUUCAGGGACAGCUGCUAGCAGGGGUGGUCUUGGGGUCUCAAAUUUCAGCAGUGCCCUGUGUGAUGCUAAAAUUGUGCUCCAUUCUAAAUCAUUGCUGCAGUGUCCCCUGUGGCACCCCAAGUCUCUGCUCCCCCUCUGUUGCCACACUCCCCCAAAUCCACCUCUGCUGCUACCUGUCCUUCCUAACUUGGGAUGCCAAGGAUCUUCGGCAAGUUGAGCCAUGGGGGUCUCCCAGUAAAAAUAUUUUAUAGGUCUCAUCGCAGAAACCAAGCCAAAGCCACCUGGGUGCAAACCAGCAAUCCUAACAUGACUUUUGCUAAGGGAUAUUUCUUUUUCUAAAAAAAUAAAAUUUUAUUUGAUUUUCAAGAAUAUAAACAUACAACAAAAUCUAUUUCGAAUCCAAAUAUCGAGAUUACUCUGAAUCUCCUGACUACCCCCCCUCCCUUCCAAGGGUCCUGUUGAUCCUAUUUUCCACUGCAUAUCAAUACUUCUUCACUUUUUUAUCUUUCUAAAUUAUUCGUACAUUCUGUUACAUUACAAGUGUGUUUAAAAUCCUGCCAAUGUUUUAACCUGCUUACAAUGAUCUUGUAUAUAAAUUAUAAACUUUCCCCGUUCUUUUUAAAAGUUCUUGUCUUCUUGGUUCCUGAACUUCCCAUUUAAUUUUGCCAUCAACUUGGUUUGCCAUUUUUUUCUGGUCGGGGGUUGUCUCUUCCUUCCAUCUUGCUAAGGGAUAUUUCUGACCAGGUGUGGCAAAGCAGCAAAUGACCGCCCUGGAUAUCUCACUAUGUGGAUGGAAACAGUGCUGGGCCAAAUAUCUGACAAGCAAGAAACUUGGAUAUUGCAGGAUUGGUGAAUCUUUGGCCGUUCAGAUAUUGCUGAACUACAAUUCCCACCAUCCACAGCCAGCUUGGUCCAAGUUCCCCACACUUGAGUAUUGGAACCAAAGGAGAGUUUAAGUCAGGGAUAGGCAACCUGUGGCUGCCCAGAUAUUGUUGGACUACAAAGCCCAUCAUGCUGCCUGGGGUGAGAGUUGGAGCCCAACAACAGCUGGAGGGCCACAGGUUCCUCAUCCCUGAUUUAAUUAGUUCUGUAGCAAAAAGCCACUUUCCUUGAGGGAGCCCACCUUAGUGGAAGUCUCUAGCAGAGCAACCAGUUUGUUGAUAGCUCCUGCAGUAGUUCAGGAACCCUGUCCAUCCUGCAAGUGCUUGGACUCCUUCCCUGAGAGGGAGAGACCCUGGGAAGAUUCCCUGGAAGUCCAAAGUGUUGUUGCUUCUUGCCACAAAGCAGCAUUUGACUGCUAUACAUGUAUCAAGGCUGGUAUUGUGGUUAUUUCAGGCCGGCUUCAACAGCGGCGAUAACAAGAACUACUACAACAUCCCUAGCUCCCGCACUCCUCAAGUCAUCAACAUUACAAAAACUAGCAACGUGGAUGUGCCAGGACGCUGGGUGUUCCAGGUGGACAAUUUCAAAUCGGCUGGAGACCCUAAAGAGCUUACGCCUAAGAAAGAAGAACCAGAAGUUCCCCAGAAAGAAGAGGACCUCCCUGAGCAAGAACCAGGACAUCUCAGCCAUGAGGGCAGCAAGGAGGUUCCUGAUGAACAGUCACAUGUGGACAGUGAUGAGGAGGAGAGUGAUCACUGUGAAUGGUAAGUAUGUCAAGCCAAGGCCUGAAGGGUGGGAACUAGCUGGCUUUUCCUGGAAGUCAACAGGAAAAAGCUUCACAGGGCAUUGUAUGAAAGCAGAGACCAUGCCCUCAGCCACAUGCCCUUCCUGCAUCUUCCCCCCCCCCCAGAAGAUACUGCAGAAUCAUUUCACAUUAUUUUUAAGCUUUUGCAAAAUCUCACCUUGAAUGUGGUCCUUCUUACCAUUUCAAUAUUAUAGGGAAGUCACUUCCAUAUGUUAUUUUGCAGAGACACUGGGUGAGAUCCAGCUAAGUCAUACACAAAGCAGAUGUUUGCAGAGUAGACUGUACUGUUUUCAGCGACUGCUAAAAGCAUUUUUGUUCCAGCAAGCCUAUCCAGUUUAGCAUGCAAUUUUAACACAUGCUCUUAGUAUGUAUAAUUGUUUUUAAAUGACUGGUUUCAUUCCAGGUUUUGCUAAUUUGUUUUUAAUGUUUUUAAUUGAUAUUUUUGAUUAAUACUCCACAAAUGCAAACACUUUCAGUAGAUAACCUUGAAAGAAAGACUUUGUUGCAAGUCCGAAGCGAUAUCCCCCUGCACAGUGUACACUGUGUGUCCUGAGCUUGCAAUUUCUUGCAGUAUGAAUGGACAAUGUAGAUAAGUAGGGGACAAACUCAAGCUGGGAUUCUGAGGCGGGCCUUAAAAUGACUUAAUUUUCUUUUCAGUAAAAACAAACAUCUUGCCUCUUUCCCCCACUCCAGAUAAGCCACUUUCCUCAGAAGACCUUCGCUGUUGCCGUCAGAAGAGAGAAACAGCCAGGAUGUAG